AAGGCAACUGAGAAAGAAAAUUUCUUUACACAAGAAAGGUGAAGGAUACAAGAAGAUCAGCAAAGCGUUACAUAUCAGUCAGAAUACUGUAGCAAAAGUGAUACACAAGGGUGUUUUAACAAAGAUGGAACUGCCACCAUUAGAUGUCUAAGCUGUCCACAGAAGUUAGCACUUCGACAGGAGCGUCUUCUGAUGAAAAGGGUUGAAGAAAAUCACCAUGCAAGUUCACUGCAGUUAGCUAAAGAAGUAGAAAGCCAAACUGAGGUGAUUGUUUCCCAUGACACACUACAGCGUACACUACAGAGAAAUGGCAUGAAUGGGUGUCGUCCACGAAGGAAGCCUUUCCUAAAGCCCAUGCGCAAAAAAGGCCACCUAGAAUUUGCCAGGGCCCAUGCUGAAAAAGAAUAAGAGUAAUGGGAUUCUGAAGUGACGAG